AGGGCAGUUUAAACAUUAAUUUAAGAAAAUAAAAGGGAUGAUUUUUAUUUCCCCAAGUAGAAAAUUGUAGGAUGUUUUGGUAGAAUCUUCAAUAUAACAAUAACAAGGGAACAUCUUUUUAUUGAAAUUAGUUGUUUAACCUGUCAUAAACUCUUACUAGAAACAAGGAAAUAGCCAAAAUAUGUAAACUCAUUAACCGUACCGCAUGCCUUAGCUACCUAAACCAGUUUGUGCACAUAUUUUCAUAUUUUGUACACCGCAUAUGAGUCAGGAACAGGGUGAUUGUGUGAUUGAGUUUUUGGGCAGUACCAGGAGUCACCUGUCACUCAGCCCCAUUUCUGGUUUAGGAGAUUAUUUGUUUCAUUUACACGGUUUAUUUGGCCCGCUUAGUUUAUUAUUGAGUUUUAUUUUUGGACAAUCCACUCCAUGUGGGAAUUCAAUUGUACACCAAUAUCUGGAAAUUAUUUAGUUGGCUGGUGACAUGAGGACAUUGGUGUGAAUACUGUAGAUAUUGUAGUAAUUACACAAUGAAUAUAUGAGAGAAAUAUGUCCCUGACAUUAUAAAAUUACAGUAAGACAUGUCUAAAAUAGUUUUAGUAUGUUAUAGCUGUUAUAGUCAGUAGCUUAUCCUGCAACUGAAACUAAAUGCCAUUCAUGCCUAAUGUUGUUGCAAUAAAGACAUGAUAAUUACUACUACUACUACUACUACUACUACUACCACUACUACAACUACUAUUACUACACCUUUUGGAAGGAGAAUCUUUGGGGUGAUAUUUAGUUAAUUUGUCCACUGCAAUAAUUGAGUUACAUUUAUUAUUUACUAGAGAGAUAUGUGGCGGGCAUGUAAAUUGACUACCACUAACUCCACACAUGCAACUAAUAAUACUCAUACUAUUACUGUACAGUUUGUGGGUAACAUGAGUACAUUAUUGCUGGAUGACUACAACUAUGUAACACGUAUUACUUUGACUGCAGUUUGCUAGUUACACAAGCACACAAGUAUAAAGAGCUCUAGUUGCUGCAAAAAGAAAUAAAGCAUAUUCCAAGACUAUUUCAGGCCAUUAAAAGCUUUUUUCAAUGUGUUAGAAAUAAGUACUUGCAGAUUACUUAUUAAGUGUGUCACAAAUGUCUGGGCUGGCAACAGAAGGCGUGUCCUCAUUCUGAGUCUGAGCCUAAACUAUUUAAAGUUGCCUUGUAUGUUAUUGUAGAAAGUUCAACUCCUCCACGCUCAGAAGAUUUCCUACCUCUGUCUCUUCUCCUCUGUCACUUAGCCACGAUGCCCGUGGAGAGCCACCUGCACGGGAGCACAUCCGCUGUGGGUCGCUUUCCAACUGCGGGCGACGAGGCACAAAAGAAGGAAGAAUUGGGGGAAAACGAGACAGAUGCGCCGGAGGAAACCGCGUGCCGCCGCUGGUUACACAAGGCCUGUUGGUGCUGCUUCCGUAAAACCACAUCAGAAGACGACCUCGCGAACACUGUGGUCACAGGGGUGGAUGACAGCGACGGGGACGAGAAAGAGGACAAGCCCACGACUCCUGGGGAUGAUCAUGACAAUGAGCUGGAUGCCCCUAUCCUCAGAGUCACAUCUACAGACCUCCUGAAAGGCAAAUCGGAGCAGAACUGCACGGCCCAUCACACACAGCUGUACCAGAACAGAGACUUGAUCAUCCGAAGAGGACAGACCUUCCAGAUGUGGAUCACUUUGUCUCGACCUUUUCACCCCAACACUGACAAAAUCCACCUGGAACUCAAAAUAGGUUCAGUGCCCGUGGUCUCCAAAGGCACCCAUGUGAUUAUCCCUCUGGUGGACAAGCUGCAGGAUGAUCGCUGGGAGGCUGCUGUAGUCAAACAGGAAGACAAAAGGCUGUUACUCUCAGUGAAUUCUCUACCGACGGCAAAUAUCGGACGAUACCAACUCACAGUGCACACAGUGUGUCCCAAUGGCCAGGCCGAGUACAAGGAAGACAAUGUCUGCAUACUCUUUAACCCCUGGUGUGAAGAGGACACAGUUUUUAUGGACUCAGAAGAAGAGAAGCAGGAGUAUGUGUUGAACGAUGUUGGGCUCAUUUACUACGGCACCGAGCUGCAGAUUGGAUACCGGACCUGGGACUAUGGACAGUUUGCAGGUGGUAUUUUGGCUGCAUGUCUCUACAUCCUGGAGAAGAGCGGAACUCCUGCAUCAGGGUGGGGAGACCCAGUGAAUGUUGUCAGGAUUGUUUCAGCCAUGGUGAACUCAGUGGAUGACUUUGGUGUAAUCCAAGGAAACUGGUCAGGGAACUAUGCAGGCGGCACCUCUCCGACAGUGUGGACCGGGAGUGUAGAAAUCCUCCAGCAGUAUCACAACAAUGGUACCCCUGUGAGCUACGGACAGUGCUGGGUCUUUGCUGGAGUGGUCACAACAGUCUUGAGGUGUCUGGGCAUUCCCACUCGCACUGUGACCAACUUUAGCUCCGCUCAUGACACAGAUGUCUCCUUGACAACAGAUGUGUAUUUAGAUGAGAACCUGGCCCCUCUUGAUGAUCUUAAUAGAGACUCAGUUUGGAACUUCCAUGUGUGGAACGACUGCUGGAUGGCGCGCCCCGACCUGCCCGCGGGCAUGGGAGGCUGGCAGGCUGUGGACGCCACGCCCCAAGAGACCAGCCAGGGCAUUUUCCGCUGUGGACCAGCCUCUCUGACUGCUGUCCGCAAUGGCCAAGUUUACCUCAAGCACGAUGCUGCCUUCGUGUUUGCUGAGGUGAACAGUGACAAGAUCUACUGGCAGAGGAACGUGGAUGGGACAUUUUCCCAAAUAUACAGUGAGAAGAAGACAGUGGGACACUCUAUCAGCACCAAAGCAGUUGGAUCGGAUGAACGCAACGAUAUCACACACCUCUACAAACAUCCGGAAGGCACGGAGGAGGAGCGUAUUGCUGUAGAGACUGCAUGUAAAUAUGGGUCCAAAGCUGAAUCCUGCCCCACUCCCACAGCAGAGGAUGUGUCUCUGGAGGUGUCCAUGGAGGGGACAGGUCCACAGAUGGGGAAGGAUGUAGAUUUGACUGUUAGUCUGAAAAACAGCAGCUCUGAAAACAGGACAGUAUCACUCCACAGUCAAACUGCAGUCAUGUACUACACUGGAGUUCACAAAGCCACUGUAAAGAGGGACGCCACAAACAUAGACCUCCUGCCUAAUGAAGUGAAGAUGUUGGAGUGGAGUCUGGAGUACAAGGACUACAAGGAGGAGCUGGUGGACCAGGCUGCCCUCAUGCUCACUCUGUCAGGCAGGGUCAAACAGACGCAGCAAGUCUUAGCCACGCAGUACAGUUUCCGCCUCCGCAGUCCAGACCUGACGCUAAAGCCGAUCGGUAAAGCAGUGGUCGGGAAGAAGAUGACAGUGGAGAUUUUGUUUACAAACCCACUCCCACAGAUACUGAAGGGGGUCCUGUUUCAUGUGGAGGGGUUGGGACUUAUGGCAGCUCAAACUAUACACUAUGGUGAUAUAGCCAGCCGUGCUUCUGUGUCUGUGAAUGUAAACUUCGUGCCCACUCUGUCUGGACUGAGGAAAUUACUGGCUUCACUGGACUGCAGGCAGCUCACACAGGUCCAUGGAGUGCUCAGCAUCAACGUGGAGGAAACGAACAAUGCAACUUUAUCGUGAUUUUAAGGAAGGAAUGAAAGUGGGUUAUUAAUAUUGAAAUGACUGUGUUGUUUUUCUGCAUUUAUGAACACUUCACUUUGAGUGGGUGAAUAAGAAAAUUGCGCAAGGAUCAAGAGAUUGAAAGUAAUUAUACAGAAAAAGUGUGAUUUCAACUCUUAAGUAUCAACUUGCAUCAUGUUUUGAAAGUUUUAGGUGCUGUGACAUGCCUCUCUAAUAUGCACAUUUUUAUGGUGCACUAAAAAUACACAGUUCAGGCACUACAUUCUGACCACCUUUCAAAUGCAACAGAGAAUAAAGUCCUGUGUAUCCAGACAUAUUUCUGAACCUAGAAUUAACUUCUUAAACACACUUAUAAUAUUGGGCCAGAAAAGACAAUCUAGUUGGCUCUCCCCACGUGCAUCACCUUUCAUCAGUUUACCUCUGUUAUUGAAUUGAAUCAUUUUUAUAGAUGUUGAGUUAGGGGUGCAGAUUUGUAUAUUUUCUGACCCAGUCUUCCAGGCAAUACAAUCAUGGUCUUAGCAAUUCAACUAAAAUCCUCAUGUUUGCCAAUUUUGACUUCAGUCCGUCAAGGCACACAAGUAUAUUGUUUGUGUCUAUAAACUUCUCCAGCCAGACACUGUAUAUCCUCUCCAAAUAUUUAAUAUAUAUACAGCUUCUGAAUAUUACAGCUUCUGAAUAUUCAAAUCACCACAAAGUGUCUACCAGGAAAAAGUCAUGUGACUUAUUAAGUAAAAUAUUGCAUAUUUUGUACAAUGUAUCCCAUAGACAAAGUGACUUAAGUGUUUAAGUGGUAAAAUUAUCUGUCAUUCACUUUUCCUGUCAAAGAUCUUAAUGUGGGCCUAGUGUCUACUUGUUGUGUUUGUGUUUUUUGUGUAUUUUAACAUUAUAUUUAAGAAUGAAAUGAAGAAUGUUGAUAUCAUAUUUAUAUAUAUUUUGUUUACUUCCUUGCACUGACAGAAAUGCUCUAUUUUAAAUCGAAUAAAAACUCCAAAACAAAAGCUUUAAAGUCAGGAACAA